UUUCAGCUGUGAGCUCAGCAAUGAGGCGCUCGCUCACAAACCGCUCUGCCAGACUUGGCCUUCAGCUCCCAAAAGCCGCCAAUAAUCCACACGCUCAUUUUUAUUCCACGUCCCCUUCUUGUCACCCCACCGGAGCCUUUUAUAAAAGAGCCGGUGUCCGCCACAGUCUGCUCAUUACGCCUCGACAUCCCUUUGACACUAAACUGUGUCAAAAUGUCUGAUUUAGAAGAUCAUGGAGUACACCAAGAGGAGGAAGAUGAGCAUGGAGAAGGAGGAGAACGACCAAAGCACAAGCCGGUUGCUACGCAGCUCGCUCCUCCGAAAAUCCCUGAGGGCGAGCGGGUGGACUUUGAUGAUAUCCACAGGAAGCGCAUGGAAAAAGACCUUCUAGAGCUCCAGACCUUGAUCGAUGUCCACUUUGAGCAGAGGAAAAAAGAAGAGGAGGAGCUCAUCGGACUCAAAUCGAGGAUUGAAAGUCGCCGGGCAGAAAGAGCCGAGCAGCAGCGAGUGAGGGCCGAAAAAGAGCGUGACAGACAGACCAAGAUCGCGGUGGAGAGGCAAAGGAAGGAGGAGGAGGAGGCCAAGAAGAGGGCGGAAGAUGAAGCCAAGAAGAAGAAAGUGCUGUCUAACAUGGGCGCUCACUUUGGAGGAUUCUUGGCCAAGGUGGAGCAGAGGCGGGGCAAAAAGCAAACGGCAAGGGAAAUCAAGAAAAAGACGCUUUCUGAGAGGAAACAGCCGCUUGUCAUUGAUGACCUAAGAGAGGACGCUCUCAGAAAAAAAGCCAGCGAGAUGUGGGAGUGCAUCUACCAGCUAGAAUCUGAGAAAUUUGACUUAUCUGAGAAAAUGAAGAAGCAGAAAUAUGAGAUCAACGUCCUCCUGAACAGAAUCCAACACGCUCAAAAGUUCAAAAAGAGCCACGGUAAGGGGAAGGUUGGAGGACGCUGGAAGUGAGUCGACACCCUCAAGUGAAAAAAAAAAAUGAAGGUGGCAAUGAUGUAGCAAGUUUGCAGUUUCGCACCACUUGGAAUCAUGUGAAUAAAUUGGUGUGUUGCAUGAAAAUUUGCAUUACAGUUAAUAUGAUCAUUGACAACUCAGUCAGUGAGUGGGAAGACAACCCACGCUUCUUGUACAAAAAAAAAAAAAAAAGCCAUAAUGGAGACAGCUUUACUUGUCCUUGUGUGGUUGAAAAACAGCAUGAAGGUCAUCACUGUUUGCCACAACACAUGGUUGAAAUCCUGCUUCCUGACACAUGUUUGAUACUCGCUCUGCAAAACCAGCUUCUUGCUCUUUAUUCAGGUCCAAAAUGUACCUGAGGAGGCAAAAGCAACACUACAGCUUCAGUACUAUGUACACUCGACUGUGUUGUCACCAUGGUAACAAGCCUUGAUAAUUAAAAAAAAAAAAAAAAAAACUCACUUGGCCAACUCCACGAUAAGCACAGCGUCUGGUGCUGCAAUCUGCCGGAUUUUCGGGCCCAAAUGGUGCGCGCAACUUCAGAGCGUUUAACAGAAGAGGGCAGAGAAAACAUGGUGAGCGACAAACACUAUCUGCUGGCUGCAAUUCAAAUGGACAUCUCAAACAGAUUACACUGUACGAGCCCCCACCUUUUAUAUCCCGUAAGGCCUAAUAUGACAGCUGUGUUUAAAAAUGAGCUUUUAUGAAACUCACUGGUACGAAGGAAUAGUAAUAAAAGGAAAAAUACUGUAUUUGUCACCUGGUGGAGAAGUGAAUGAUGUGGAAGAAAUGGGCAUAUUUCCCCUUUUCCGCCAUCUUCUCAAGGGAAUCCAAGGGCAGGAAAUUGACAGAAACCCCUUUAAGACGUGUCAGUUCUGAAAAAAAAAAAGGAGUAAACAGAUUUGGACUGAACAUUUCUUUGUCGUCAGUGUUUUUGAGAUUUCGCUUACUGCUGACUGGGACAGAAUUAUGUUCAAUAUUCGUGGGUUGAUGUUCAUCUUCUGUGUCAGACUGAGUUGUGCAUUCUUGUUUCCUGGACAGGGAUUGAAACAACUCUUGCACAUUCGCGAAGGAAAUGUCCUGUGCUGUCUGCAGACACAAAAUUACAAGUAAACUUACAGUAAUUUUCGGACUACAAGCCGCUAUUUUUUCCCUUCAUUUUGAAUCCUGCGGUUUAUAGUCCAGUGCGGCUUAUUUGUUGAUUUAUUUGGAUUAAUAGGUAACACAUGCCUCCUAGCAUGCAUUGCAGCGCUACAGAUGUAAAUAACAAUCAAAAUUCAUGUUCUCUGCUAAUUAUUCAUUCAGUUACUGUUCCAGUUGUUUCAUUAAUUGCUUGUUAUGGUAUUUGGUAACACUUUAUUUGACAGUGGCGUCAUAAGACUGUCAUAAGACGGUCACAUUUAUGACAUGACACUAUCAUGGGCAUUACUGAAUGCUUAUGACAGAUGUCAUUUAGUGUCAUUUGGCAAAUUAUGUAACUAACUCCAUUUUCCAGUUUGGAUCUUUUACAUCUAUUCAAAACUGAGAUAAUUUGCCGGAGAAAACUAAAUGACAUCUGUUAUAAGCAUUCAUUAAUGCUCAUGACAGUGUCAUGUCAUAGUUAUGAUUGUAUAAUGACAGUCUGAUGGCGCCACUGUCAAUUAAAGUGUUACCAAGUACCUUAACUAGCACUUAAUACAACUGGACCAGUAACUGAAUAAAUAAUUAGCACAGAACAUGAAUUUUGAAUGUUAUUUACAUCUGUGGCAGUGCAAUGCAUGCUGGGAGGCAUGUUGGACAACAACAGUGUUGACAGCAGGUGGCAGAUGAGGUUGACUGUCCUUCCAAAGGGAGCAGUGAUGGCAAAAUGAAGCUUCUUGAAGCAAUAAGGCUUUGCAGCCAGUUGGUUCAAAACUUCAUUGUGGUUCAUUUGGUGUUAUGACAGUCGUAUGAUGCCGCUGUCAAAUAAAGCGUUACUUGUUAAUAUCUUUUGGUGUAAAUAUCCCUUCAUACAGUGAGGACAGCUGCGGCGUAUCUAUCAAAAAAUGCCGUUUCCGUGUCAUAUUUGGUGGGUAGUCAGAUGCGCCUUAUAGUGCGAUAAUUACGGUAGCCAUCUUCCAUAUUAAUUUAUUCGCAAUUGACGAUGAUCGACGUCCAACCCAUUUGAAAUGGAAGAGACUGCCAAUUCAAAUGGAUUGGACGUCUGUCGCCGCUAAUGGUAAGGAAACAUGAUCAUAAAUGAAUACAAAUCUACCUUCACGUGUUGGCCGUUCCGUGUCUUGAGCAAGCUCUCGUCUUCAGUUUCAAUACCAAAGGCGAGAUAAGGACUGGACGCAAUGUCCCCCCAGUAGCCUUGCAUGGCCACUUUGUCCCCUCUCUGGUUGAACACCCGAGAAGACAGCAAGCUCGGGUUGGUGUUCUGGUAGACGCCUUCCCUCAGUUCAAAGGCCAAGCCGCUCUCCCUCCAUCGGAAGUACUGAUGCUUGUUAAUAACGCCACACUGUAGAUGAAACGAUUUUUAUGUAUGUUCUAAUAUUGUAGUAGGUGCUUUCUGGAGGCAGCAGAGGACGCUCUACUAUCUAAAAAAAAAAAGGUUGGUCAGCAGAAAUUUUCAGUUCAGGGCAGCCAGCGAGUCUCAAAAUUUGGUAUGCGGGCUCCCUCUAGUGGUAGAUCAAAAAUAAUGGUGGACCUUCUCAUAUUGGCUGUUUAGGACCCACAAAUCCACUCAUAUUUGGAGAUUCUUUUUCAUUUUUUAAUAGUUGUGUAUGUCAAGGGCGUAGGUUUGGUCUCAACAUUGGUAGGGACAAUAUAACAGAAUAACCUAAAUGUACAUGUACACUUUUUGCUGAGGACAAGCAUUAAUAAGACCAAAGAGAUCAGAUGAACGAGGGUCAGUGCUACAUUUCGCACGAAUAUGAACCUAAUUAAUUGAUAGGUGAGAUCGUCAACGCAAAUUAAAUGUGUACUGACUUAUACUAAUUUUCAUGUGUACUGGUUCAAGUGAUAAACUGUUCAUUUCCAACCUUUGCUUUCAAAAACUACUCAAGAAAGAUUUUUUAAACUUCCAGAAUCAAUGUCUGGAUUUUAUUAGCAAAUUUAAAUUGCAAUGUUUAAACAUAAUUUAAAUUAUAUAUACAUGUUUGAGACUUCUUUCCUUCUAAACAAGGCCGUUUACAAGAAGAAAAGCAUCAGUAUGUGUUUUUAAUUUUUUUUUUUUUUUUUGAUUGUCAACACUUUCCUGUGAAACACAGACUGCGUCCUGGGACCGCUCUAUCGAAGCAACUUCUUGCUCACGAUUUUCUGGUUCUAUAGUUUCCGGCAGAAUUCACUACAUUUGUCACAGUUUAAUUAACGUUAACAUUAGAAAACAUAC